AUGCGCGGGUGGCGGGAGAGUCGGCCGGUGGGACGGCAGCGGGUGGCGGGAGAGUCAGCCGGUGGGACGGCGGGAGAGCCAGCCGGUGGGACGGCAGCGGGACGGUGGGAGAGUCAGCCGGUGGGGACGGCAGCGGGUGGCGGGAGAGUCGGCCGGUGGGACGGCAGCGGGUGGCGGGAGAGUCAGCCGGUGGGACGGCGGGAGAGCCAGCCGGUGGGACGGCAGCGGGACGGUGGGAGAGUCAGCCGGUGGGACGGCGGGAGAGCCAGCCGGUGGGACGGCAGCGGGUGGCGGGAGAGCCAGCCGGUGGGACGGCAGCGGGACGGCGGGAGAGUCAGCCGGUGGGGACGGCGGGAGAGUCAGCCGGUGGGACGGCAGCGGGACGGUGGAAGAGUCAGCCGGUGGGGACGGCGGGAGAGUCAGCCGGUGGGACGGUAG